UCUGACACUAGUUUCUUUCCAUAGUCUCCCAGGCUUCCUUCUUAAACUGGCAUGAGCAACACAAAACCAAACUGGAGGAAAUGAAGGAUGCCUUUUGGGACUAUGUUGCACGAGCAACUCAAACAACUGAAGACACCAUUUCAAUGAUCAAACACUCAGAACUGGGCAAAGAGUUCAAUGGAAUGAUUGUUGACCGCAUCAGCAAUGCUAACGAUUACGCUGUGGAGCUACAUGGAAAAGUGAAACCUUUGGCUCAGGAACUAGUAGAUAAGCUCCGCCAAGAUGCUGAUGCACUUCGGCAGAAGAUCUCACAAGAUGUGCAGGAUGUGAAUCAAAAACUUCUACCUUAUGCUGAUGAAUUUAAUGAGAAGAUUCGUCAGAACUUGGAAGAGCUGCAUCAGAGUAUUCUUCCUUAUGCUGAUGGACUUCGUGAAAAAAUUGAUCUGAACACAGACAAUCUGCGCCAGAUCCUGAGUGCCAAAUCUGAGGAAUUCAAGGUAAAAAUGAACCAGAAUCUUGAAACCUUCCACCAAAAACUAGCACCCUAUGUUGACAAUUUCCGCAGCACACUGAAUGAGAGAAUUCAGGAAUUUCAGCAGAAUCUUAACCCUUACGCUGAGCAACUGCACUCCAGUCUGACCCAAAAAGUACAAGGCCUUCGCCAAAAUCUUGCUCCUUAUGCUGAGGAUCUGCAGAAGAAGCUAAACCCUUAUGCUGAAGAUCUACAGAAUCAGCUGAACACCUUCUGGAAGUCCUUUCAACAAAUAUUCACCUAAAAUGUUAAAUAAGAGAACUUGUUAAAUGCAGUCUGAGUUUUCCUUUCACUCACAGCAACAGUCAGCAGUUUUCUUGCUUUCCAUGUCUGAAGACAAUCUCUUUGAUGUUUUUAUCUUCAUUUGCAGUAUAGUCUGUGGUGUCCACUGUAUCAUAUGUUAAUUUUCUGGAGAUAACAUCAUUGUAGUUGUGUUGUCACCUCAAGUGCUAUAAUAAAAUCCAAUAUCCUAUUAAAUCAA